AUGGAGACCCCAUCCCGGCCCUCUGCAUUCCCCAGCAACUCAGGCGUGAUUCGGCCUCACCUGCUCUGGCCGCCGCCUGCUGUCCCAUUCUCAGGCGCCCCACGCAAGAACCAGAUUGCAGCGCGGCUCUUUGGAAAGGUCAAAGGUGUACCCCCCCCCCCCUCGGCCCAACAGAACAACGUGCUGUCACGCAGCGCGCGGAGCCAGGCGACACGGCCGGGGGCCAGGCUGAGCCCCCCACCCGGCCCGGAACCCGGGGGGCCCGCGGAGCCAGGGCGCGCACGCCGCACUCUCCUGGGGUCCCGGGCUCCCCACGCUUCAGGAGAGCGCGCGAUGGGGCCCGAAAAAGUGCAGCGGGUACCCCCAAGGCUGCUGUCUGGGGGCACGACCCCCAUCCGCCCCGACGGUAACCCCAAAUCUCGAGAUUCGGGGUGCCUCUUCCUCCGCCUUCCCAGGCGAGACGCGCACGGACCUCACCAGCCCCACCGUUGCGAGGGUCCCGCAGGACGUGAUGUCCCCGGCGGUGGGAGCCACCGGGGCUCCGACCCACCUCCCCGCACCUCCGCGGCCCCGCAACCCGGGUCCCGGCCGCCGCGCAGUCUCGCCGCCCCCAGCGCCCCUCCCCGGCCCUGCGCGUCCUCAGCGCGGCGAGCAGGUGACAGAGCCCCGCGCCCCCCAGCGCCCACGGACGCCCACCCCGGGCGACCCCCGCGUCUCGGGUCGCGGCCCCUUACCUCGAGUGGGCCGGGGCGGCCCCCGCGGGGCCGGGCGAGGAAUGGGCCGGGGAGACCGCGCCUCCCGCCCGCCGCCGCCGCCGCCGCCGCCGCCACUGGGAGCCGAGGCGGCGAGCGGGCGCGGCGAGCUCCUCCCGGGCGGCGGCAGGAGGCGCUGCUCUCGCGGCCGCCGCCGCCGCCGCGGGUCUCCAAGCUGCGCGGCCGCCGCUCCGGGGCCGCUGGCGUGCGGGUCCCUCGGCUCCUGCGGGAGGCCGGCUGCUCGCGCGGCAAACUCUGGGCGCACGCAGAGCCGGCGGGGAGCGCCGCCGCCUCUUCCUCCUCCCCCGGGACCCCUGACUUCCCCGUGCGGCGCAGACCCUCGCGCGCCCCGAGGCCGCCGCCGCCUCUGCCGCCUAGGAAGGCCCUGCGGCGGGGUCGGGCCUGGGGUCGGGGCUGGGGGUGGGGUGGGGGUGCAGGUGUCGUGCUUCGAAGAGACCCGGUGAAGAGGGGAGGCAAGGAGAUGCGGGGGCGGCCAGCCAAGGUCCCGUGA